GCUUAAAACGGAAGAAAGUAACAUCUUGAACUUUUUUUUAUGUCGAUUUAAAAAAACCAUAUUAUUGCAAAUAAGUGUCCACUUCUGGGAAAUGUAACCGCUUCGUUUUCGAUCGUGAAAGGUGCUUCGUUGUUCUAGGCACACGGACAAUAAAUAAUGGUUACAUUUUUGUUUCUUAUACGACACUUGGGAGAAUAAGUGCUACGUCAAUACUUGAAUCAGGGUCCUUAGCCUGCAAAAUUUGGCUCCUGACACUCUUGGCCCACUUUGGGGGGUACAGAACUCUACGUCUACGGUAGGAUGGCAUGUGUGAGGGAAAUGCCAAAAUGUAAUAUAGACAGAAGCUUCAGUGCCUUCAGAGCCAUGUUGAGCGCAUUUAAGAGUAAUGGUGCCACUGCCAUUGUGACAUUCUUGGCCUGGACAUUGACAUCUUUCUUGUGUCAUGAGUGUGCCAAGAUAUUUCUAACAGGUUUUCCAAGACUUUUCGAGCCUACAUAUAGUGAUCUUGGUCCGGUCCUCCAUGUUAUGCCCUCUGUAAUUGUGACGUCAAUACAGUGUUUGACCUGUGUUUUCUGUGUGAGCAUAAGCGGCGCUGUUACCUCCACACCAGUAGCUAUCUUUGUCGUUGGUCAUGUUCUGGCUACACUAGCUACCAACUCCAGCAUGACGUACAUUGAGGCUGCUUCCACCUUGGCCAUCAAAUUAACAGAGCCAGUAACCAUGGCAGUAGCCCACCAUAUUGUUUUCGAAACAUCCGUUACUAUCGAGACUAUCGUCAGCAUUCCUUUGAUCAUUUUUGGGUCUUUAUUGUUUUCAGUCAAAACAACGUUUCAAACUUCAGACACAGCUGGAAUAGUCUUGGCUUUUCUCUCCAACCUAAUUCUAACAGCAAGAAAUGUGGCCAUCAAGAAACAUCAGGUCAACACUGCUCCAGUCCAGUUAAGGUCAAGAAAUUGCAUUUCUGCACUCCUUUGUGUACAGAUGGCCAUUUUGUUGCUGGUGUACAUUUUGGAAAAUGAGUUUGUUAUCCCUGUCAAAUGUUCUUUCAUUCUGGGAGCUUUGUUCGUCUCUGGACUAUGUCACGUGGCAUAUUCUUAUAUUUCCACCAUUAUAGUUCUUAAGGUGAUGAACGUGAUAAGUCAUUCUAUAGCGAACAUUUGUAAACGACUGCUUGUAGUCCUGUUACUCUAUGGCAUUGGCAAGAGAGUAGCUUCAUCAUGGAACAUGUUAGGACUGACCCUAGCUGUCAUCGGUCUCUAUAUUUACAUCAGAGGACAAAUCAUUACAAAGAUGGUGUCAACAAAUACUCAAGAUGGUUUGUUGACAUCCAAGUCAGUACAAAGAGGUUUGAUACUGUGUCUUUCCGUCAUAGCCAUGAUGUCUCUCAUACACCACAAUGCACAAAGUGGCACAUCGUUUUUUAGCCAACUGCAGCAAAAAAUGAAUGUCAGCGUUUGUCGCAGCUUCUCGCCAUCCAACUACAUGAGAGAUUAUAGCGUUGAAGAGGAUCCCAAACUUGCGGAGUUUUUGACCUGGCGUCUUGUCGACCAUCCCUACGAAACAGACAUGAGAGCCAAGAAUUUGAUUACACAUGCUGAGAUCAUACAAGAAUCUCGGAGAGUGCUCAUCAACCUUUUAACAGAUCUUAUAGGUCCCAUUCAAAACGUGAUGCUCCUGGAGAUAGCCACGUACAGCAAUAAAGGUGAUCCAGCAAUAGCCGCUGGCGAGGUCAUGUUGCUGAGAGAGAUGAAUAAGACCAUAGUGUAUUACUGUGAGACUCAUUCUUGCAAUAAAAAAAAGAACAUGCUACUAGAGAAAAGCAUCAGUGACAAUUUUACCAAAGACAAUCUUGUUAUACUCAUGCAAGGAGGAGGAAACGUUAUCGGCUACCAAAGCAUAGAUCAAAUACGUAGCCUAAUAAUGGACCGAUAUCCCGAGCAUAGGAAAAUACUUUUGUCGCAAAGCAUUUGGCUGAACAAAAAUAGCAACAACAGUUUAAUAUCUGCUCGAAUUAUCUACAGCAAUAGAACGAAUCUAACUAUGUUUCUGAGAGACAGGCAAUCGCUUGAAAUAGCCAAACAAUCUUUCCAAGGCGUAAAGCUUAUUUUGGCUCCUGAUCUGGCUUUUGGGCUGGGUGCUCUACCUCGGCAAAUGCCGCCCAUGUACGAUAUUAUCUGGCUGAGAAGAAAAGACCAAGAGUCUGCUAAGUACGCGAUGCCGAAAGUUCCAAAUAAUGUUUCUAUCCACAUCUCUGAUUGGUUAAACGAGUGGUCGUCGAAUGUGGGAACUCGAGACAUGGAAACAUCUUUUCUGAUUGCUUUUUCUGGAAUACAUUUUCUCCAGCGUGGGAGAGUCGUUGUGACAGAUCGACUUCACGGUCACAUUUUAUCUACACUUCUAAACAUUCCUCAUGUACUUAUUGACAAUCCACCAUUUUAUAAACUUUCCUCUUUUCAUCAAUCAUGGACAUACAGCUUAAGUAACUCUGUCAUUAUAAACAAUGGAACAAAUGCGUUAGAUGCAGCAAUCAAAUUGUUGAGUAUAUAUGAUAGAGUACUUCCCCCGGUGGGACCUAUUGAUAUGAAUAGAUUUACUAAACUAUAGAAGUGAAUAAAAGCUUUUAUUUAUAAUGAAAUACACCAUCAUCAUCAUAAGUCCUUGUGGUCCACUCUCUACGGUUUCUUGCUCUUUCCUAUCCCCUCGGUUUUAUCUACUACACUGUGUCGCUAGGAUCUUAUUUUGGUUUGCCUCUGCUGGGGGUUUCAAUAUAAGGCCUGUUGACGUCUUUUCUUAAGUUUUGACUAUUCCAUCUCCCCAAUCUAAGACCUGUCUAGCUCUGAUGUUGGCAUCUUUUCUUAGAGAUUUUCAAUCCAUCUCCACUUUCUAAGACCUGUCUAGCUCUGAUGUUGGCAUCUUUUCUUAGAGUAUUUCAAUCCAUCUCCACUUUCUAAGACCUGCCCCUCUAUAGUUCUCUUCACACAUCUCACAGAGCUGGAGCUGCGGCUCUCAUGCCAGUCUAGUUAAGAUUCUGUGUGCACGGCUUAAAAAACAUAAAAGUUUCGGGUCCAGAGGAAAUCCUAUUGAUGCUAUUUACAUUUUUAUGUGCAGUACCAUCGAAAUAAAAAGUCUUUUGAUCAAUGUUCAUGUUAGGCACCGUGUGCCUGGUUCUUUUGACCAAUACUUUUUAAAUGACCAAAGUAAUAUGAAAUAUAAUAAUAUCAAAUUAGAAAAAAUGUUUUUAUAUUGCUUAUAUGUUGAUAUUAGGUUGAGCCUUAAAAGUGAAAUAAUGCUUUUGACUCUUUUAAUAGAAAAAAAGCGAAAAAAAACAGACAGAGAUAGGGUUGUAGUUGUUGAUAGUUUAUAAUCUGCCUUGUUUGUCUCCGACAUAGAAAAGGUCCAGUUGAAUUGGAUUCAACAUUCAAAUCUGAAAAGUGAACCCCCUUUCUAUCCACUUUCUCAUUAUCUUUCUACAUUUUUCUUCAUACCGAUUCCCUUUUUUUGUAGCGCUCCCACUAGGGGAUGAGUCGCUAUUAGUUUUGUGUGGUCUGUCUGUCCGCCGUCCGUCCUCCCCGUGUAGAGCUUAUAAACUAGAAAAGAUAUUUAAAAUCCAAUAUCAUGAUAAUUUAGAUCUUUCAAAAUUCUGAUGCAAUGCUAGUUUUUCUUUUCUGAAAGCGAAAAAUUUAAUAUUGAAAGUUAA